AUGGGACAACACUUUCCACUUCAUCCACUUCAGCAACCGCAAGUACAACACGAACAACAAGUACAUCAAGUACCACUUCUACACAUGGAUCCGGUACCGGCGACUGACCGGUCUCGUUCGUUAAAACCUUUUAGACUAAAUGGUUCUUUUCGUUCGAAUACAACUGGUAUCACUGUAGCUGAUGUUACAAAUUCGUCGGGUACUGCAUCCAACCAGUUAAACUAUCCCUACGAUGUAUUUGUUGCUUCACAAAAUGUCAUGUAUAUUGCUGAUUCAAGUAAUAAUCGAAUUCAACGUUGGUUACUUAAUGCUACAAACGGCACUGGUAUGACAGUGGCUGGUAGUAGCACGGGAUUAAGCGGUAUAACGUCGUCAUUAUUAACAAAUCCACGUUUUUUGUACGUUGAUUCAAGUCAAAAUAUGUACACCGCUGACACGAAUAAUCAUCGAAUACAAUAUUAUUCGUAUGGCGCUCCUAACGGGACCACCAUCUUGAUGCGAUGGGGACCAAGUGCGACGACCGGUGUACUUGUUGCAGGGGCUAAUGGCCAAGGUGCGGGAGCAAAUCAAAUAGAUUGGGGAGCCGGGCUUUAUAUUGAUGCAAGUUCAACCAUUUAUAUCACCGAUUUACAAAGCAAUAGAGUGGCACAAUGGUUGUUAGGUGCAACAAGUGGCACGACGGUUGCGGGAAGCAGUAGUGGUGUAUCGGGUACAUCAUCAACAUUGAUGCACGCCGUGUGCUCUGUUGUCUUAGAUGCUUACGAUAACAAAUAUGCUGUUGAUAAUAAUAACCAUCGAAUACAAAUGUUUUGUGCAAAUGGCACAAGUGGAACAAUAGUAGCUGGAACAACAAGUGGAGCAUCGCCUACUCAGCUUCAAUAUCCUUGUGGGAUUGCAUUUGAUCUAUCUAUGAAUAUGUACAUUGCUGACACUUCCGGUCAUCGAAUCCAAAAAUUUUUAAAACUCUAA